AUGCCAACUGCCUGCAAUGCCAGCAGUCAGCAUGUGCAAUUUAUCCUGAAUGGAUUUCCUGGACUAUAUACAUGGCAGCACUGGCUUUUUUUCCCAUUCUUAUUUAUGCUUGUCUUAGCAUUUCUAGGUAACAUAUCAGUCAUACUUAUUAUUACAAGAGAACGAUGUCUUCAUGAACCCAUGUACAUCUUUUUUUCUAUUUUAGCAGCGAUAGACCUAGUCUCAGCCAUUACUCUUCUGCCAGAACUGUUAGCCAUAUUAUGGCAUGGAUCAAAUUCAAUACCAUUUGAUGUUUGUUUUGCGCAAAUGUACUUUGCUUACUUUCCAACUGCUAUGGAAUCAUCUCUGCUGGUAUUAAUGGCAUAUGAUCGUUAUGUUGCAGUAUGCAGACCUUUAGAAUAUUACUCAGUGGUAACAAACCAAUUCAUAAUAAAAGGAAGCAUAUUCAUUAUAAUACGCAGUUUCUUUGUUGUAAUGCCUUUAGCUGUAAUUGCUAGGAUGCUGACAUACAACAGCAUAAGCAUUGUUAGCAAUGGCUUUUGUGAAUAUUUUUCUGUCAUUAACACUGCUUGUGCCCAAACAGUUAUGAGUGAUAAUUAUAUAAUUAUAUGUCUUUUUCUGGUGGUACCAUCUGACUUGAUUUUAACAGUACUUUCUUAUUAUAAGAUUGCUACGAUUAGUGUAAAACUGCGAUCUAAGGAUGCACAGCGCAAAAUAUUUAGUACAUGUAGCUCUCAUCUGUUUGUAAUAUUGUUCUUUUAUUUACUUGGGACAAUGCAUAUAUUAACAUUCUUGUUUGAGAGUGUAUUUCCAGUUUAUACACAUUCUUUAGUCUCUGUACUCUACAUUACUACACCACCAGUACUAAAUCCUCUGAUAUAUGGAAUGAAAUCUAAAGAGAUCCGUUUAGUGGGCACCAUAUUUGCAAUUAGUCACCCUUAUAUUAUGAUUACAAAUAUUGUCAUUACUCCUAGGACAAGUUGA